UCCUUCGGGUACCUUCCAAUCCCUAAUAUAUAUUUACACACUCACCCUCAUCCCUUUACUGCCAUUACAAUUCACCUUGCAACACAGGCUUGGGCUCAAGAAUCAGAUGAACAUGGAGAGUACAAAUGAGCAAAAUGAAACUGUGACUGUCAAAAAUUUAUGUCGAGUUAAAGAAGACGAAAAGCACCACAUCGAAAAUGCAGAAGUGAAGGCUCGUUACCCACACACCGUCAAAUACAUAGAGAAAAAAUUGAUCGACAAAGGCGUGAAGAGACUGGAGCGUCAUCCAGCUGAUGGGCUUCCACUCAAGCAUGAUCCGAAGAAGGGCCAUGGUGGCAAAUACACGAGGGAAGGCCCUACGGACGAGGUUGAGAUAGAGAUUGAGACGGCACCACCAGCAAUUGAUGAGAAUGAUCCAAAUUAUGUAGAUGAAGAAGUGGAGGAAAAGUUGGCGAAGGGAGAGGAUGAUGAUGAAGUGGGUGAGUUGGUGGUUGGUGAGGUUGAGGUCCCUAAGGUUGUUAAAGAAGGGGUGGCUAGAAUUGAGCUAGAUCCUCACUUGAAAGUUAAUUAAUUGAGUCGUAUGUCAUGGAGUUUUCUUCUAUUAAUAUUGCUGUUUUUUGUUUGAAUGUUCUACUCCAACAAGUAUAUUAUGAGAAAAUGAAUGGAAUGAAUGUUUGUGUUAAACAUGUGAAAGUGGAUCGUACCAAAAACAGAGUGAGUGAGAAGAAAGUGUACAAAGUGUUCAACAAUUUUGGUUCG